AUGCGGUAUCAGUCACGCUUUCAGUGGCUGCUUCUGCUCAGCAUAAUCGUUGUCAGCAACGCCGACGUGCCUUCCGUCGCGGAAAUACUGCAGACGAAUCAGUAUCUUCUCGUUUCUCAGCAAAAUGGAUACGUUUCCAUCGAAAGAGAUGUCGCUCCCGGUAAAUGCCCCACCUUCAUGCAUCAACCGAAGUCGUAAGUCUACAGAACAUUUAUCUUUUCAUAAAGUAUUUUCAGAGACUAUCACAAGUAUCCUGUCAAAGGCGUUCAUCUCGUGCGUGAUCCGAACGGUCUUCUUCCUCCGAGAAUUUUGACAAUUAGAGGGAAAAUGAAUAUCCUGGCCAUCAGUAUCCGCCCACUCAAUUUAAGAGUUUCUAGAGAAUUUUAACUAAACUAGGAAUUUACAGGCGUCCGCAAUUUUUGAAGAAAUCGAUCCGAAGAUUGUAAGUUUUGUUGAGAACGGAGCGCCAAUCCGUGAUCUGUAUUCACCGCACACUUCAAAUGGAAUCCCAAACAUGAACGCUCUCGUGAGUGAAAUUUCAGUUUUUUUAGUUUCUAAAGCUUAUAUUUUUUCUAGAAAUAUUCUCUGUUCGAUUCGAACAGUCAUAUGCUCUAUCUCGACUAUUCGAGUUCUCAAGGCUUUCUCAUGCACCAGUAUUACAUCAAAAAAGUGUUCAGUGGUAAUGCGAUUUUAAGAGAAAAGCGAAAUAAUUAACGACGCACAGAUCAAUUCUAUCCGAUGUUCCUCGCAGAAUUCAAAAGCUAUUCGCCAGUCAGUCGAUCAGAAUGGGUGGAGGAUCAGUACACCAGCAAGUUCUAUUACAAAGAGAUAAUUGACAACGAAGUUGUGCUGUUCGAAGUGCCGAUGGGCACGUUCAUACCAGUCAUCACGGACGGAGAGUCGGGAACGAAAACUGGACUGCUUUACGAUCAGUCGCCUCUUCAAGGGUACGUCGAAAUAUUUGUCAUUUCGUCGAAUGAAUGAAAAAGAUUUGCAGAGCUUCGGGAGGCGCUUUCUACACUGUCAAAAGCAAUGCAAGCGAAUACUCUGCUUCUCUGAUUCCUGUCAGUUUGGGUGCUGGCAUCAAGUGCAAGACCAGUACGAAGUCGAAACAACUGCCGUCGUUCAACAAACUUAUCAUUAUUCGGUAUACUCUUCUAUUGAAAUGCAAGUAUUUUCUUUUAUUUUACAGAGACAACGACUACUGUAUGCUGAGAGACGGUCCGAAUUACAACAAGAAGAGCUGUGAAUCAGAGAAAAAAGAGUACUUUGCUGUAAUAGGCGAAGAACCGACCGACGUCAUCAAAUGGCUGCUCGUCUCCUGCAUCGUCAUGUUCAUGGUCAUCAUUCUCUUGUUCGUCUACAUUUACUGGCUUCGUUCCACUUUUGAAUCCGACCGCGACAGAACCCAUCCGCACGAGGUUACCAAGGAAUUGCCAGAAUACUUCUGACAUCUCUAUUACAGUUCGAAUCGGAAGCGUCACUUUUCGUCGCCAAACACCGGAGCUUCCCGUCCGCAUACCAAGAUCCGGCCCUUCUGGAUGUUUCCGUCGACAAAUGGAAUUAA